CUGACAGCGGAUUAUCAAAACGCGGCUCCGCCACGGCUCCACGGCGGAGCCCUUCAGCAAACUCGCGCCUUUCCCCACCCCCCUCUUUUUUUCUUUUUCAAAAGUCAACGACUGCUGUCAUAAGGAGCGCAGGAGCAGAGCUUCUCUAAGAUCAAUUCAGCCUGCCUUCCCCCCUCCACCUUGUCUGCUACCUCUCUGAAAUAAAAUGAAUAGAAAGACUCUACCUGUCUCCAACUCCACCUUAAGAAGGAGGGCCCGUGUAGACGUAGAAAACCGACUUAAACAAAUGCGGGAUGAUGCCACAAAUUUAAUUGACUUUCAGAUGACAACAGAGAGGAACCUUGACCAUGGACACAUCAGUGAAGAGCAUUUUCAUGAAAGUCACACUGGAACUGAUAAUCCACACUGUCUAGACACUGAAACCGGUGCUGGUUUUAGUGAGCAAGAUGGCAUGGAGAUAGAUCUAGGCCUGUCUGAGGAUUUUGAGGAUGCUGCUUGUGAUGUUCAGACUCAGACAUCUGAGUCUGAUCAUUUUGAUGAUGAACUCCAAGACUCGGUUUCACUCUCUGACAGUUUAUCCCACUGGGCCAUACAAUUUCGUAUUUCCUUGGUCGCUUUGACAGCAUUAUUGGCCAUACUUCGCAUUUACCAUUCUGAUAUUCCAAAGGAUGCUAGGACACUCCUCAGAACUGAGACAGAAUACUCAAUUCUUGAAAGGGCUGGAGGACAGUACCACUAUUUUGUUCAAGAGUUCUUGUCUGCAGUUGUGGCCCAUCCUUGAUCUACUAUUAAGUGUUCCCAUGAAGGAACCUGUAGUUAUAGGUUUGUUCUGUGGACCAAAGAAACCAAGUUCAGCAAAAGACUUCCUUGAAGACUUUGUUACAGAGUUACAACAGCUUGAAAAUGGUUUUGAUUUAGAAGGUAAACAGUUAAAUCUCAAGCUGCAUACAGUCAUCUGUGACACACCAGCCAGGUCCUUUAUUAAAAACACAAAGAACCACAAUGCCUACCAUGGAUGUGACAAAUGUGUGCAGCCUGGAAACUAUAUUAACAGACGCAUGACAUACCCAUGUGCAGACUAUGCCCUACGGACAGAUGAAUCAUUCACAAACAUGGCCGAUGAGAGUCAUCAUCAUGAAGGACCACAUCCAUUUAUUGGCAGUAGUGUGGGUAUGGUUUCACAGUUCCCUCUAGAUUACAUGCAUUUAGUUUGUUUAGGAGUUGUUAGAAGAAUGCUACACAUCUGGCUCAGGGGUCCUCUGAAUUUUCGAUUGCCUGCGAGCAUAGUGGAAAGAAUGUCAGCAAAACUGGUAGAAAUGCGUUCCUUUAUUCCUGUAGAGUUUGCACGGAAGCCCAGAUCUCUGAGGGAAUUGGAUCGUUGGAAGGCCACAGAAUUUAGACAGUUUCUCCUGUACACAGGACCUGUAAUGCUAGGCACAUUUCUGGAUCAAAAUAUGUACUAUAAUUUCAUGCUACUCUUCUCUGGUGUUGCUAUUUUAGUUAGUCCUAGACUGUCCUGCCACACACAGUAUGCCCGUACUUUGCUGAAAUGUUUUGUUAGUCACUUUGGUGAAAUAUAUGGAAAAGAUCAAAUUGUUUAUAAUGUACAUGGUUUGGUCCAUCUAGCAGGUGAUGUGCAACUACAUGGUUGUCUGGACUCAUUUUCAGCAUUUCCUUAUGAAAAUUAUCUGCAUAAGCUUAAAAAGCUCAUCAGGAAACCAGAGUUCCCCCUUGCCCAAAUAAUCCGUCGAUUGUCUGAAAUUAGAAUUAUGGAAGCUCCUUUAAGUUGUACCUCUUUUAAAAAGCCACAUUAUGUUGGACCAAUUAUAGGUGGACUGUCAGUGAAAGCACAGUAUGGUGAAAUGACCUGUGAUAAGUGGACUGUUAAAGUUUCAACUGGGGAUAAUGUUUUUGUUAUUGGAAAUGAUAUUUGUUGUAUACAUAACAUUGUAGAGUGCAGUGAUGGAGUCUAUGUGGUAUACAAGGAAUUCUCAGAUAAAUCUUUGUUCUUUGAUUAUCCAUUUAACUCUGACUAUCUGAAUAUUUAUAAAAUUUCACAAACAUCAGAUUCAUUCAAGUGUGUUAAAGUGUCAGAGCUUGUUGUAAAAUGUACUGUUUUGCCUCAUAGAGAUGGUUUUGUGGCCAUACCAAUGUUCCAUGGCUUUUAGGGACACAUCAGAUUUUUCUCUGUACCUGUCUAUUGUCCUUGCUGGCAGUAUAACUUAAUAGCUAUUAAGGCUGUUUUUUUCUAACAGGCAUUUAAAAUGUCGAGGAUGAUACCAUUUUGUUAUAUUAUUUUCUAAGCAAAGCAAUUGUGGUAGUGUUGCUGGUUGCAGCUCUUUUUUUUGUUAUUUGUUGUUGUUUGAUUUCUUUUUCCACUUCAAGAUGUUCCAUUUGGUCGAGUUCCAGAGCAACAAAGCAGUAGCAGUAGUACCAGAAAACUGGUGCUGUGAUGGUGCUACCUACUGGCCCAACUAUAGAAAUGAUGAAAGAGUGGAUAAGGCAGUAAAAAAUGUAGAGGAACCAGGACCAGACUGGAAGACAUACGAUAUCAGAAUUAUCAAAUCAUGUGAUCAGUACUUUGAGGCACGACAGCUUCUGAAGAAAUCGCUUACAUGCAGCACAUCAGACCUUCAGUCAGAAGAGGAAGAGGAGGAAAUACGACCAAAAAGGAAGCCAAAGGCAAUUCAUUUCUUUGGGGACUCUGACAGUGACACAGAAGAAGUUUACCUGAAAAGGAAAGCCAGAGCUGCAGUAAGACGCCCACUACAACCACCUGCUCCAGUUAUCCAACCACCACCUUUCACUGGAGCUAGCAUCCACACAAUUGCUUCUUCUGCAAAAACUCCAUCACCACCACUGCUUGCCCAGAUGGAAAAUAGACCAAGAGAUGAGCCAACUCCUUCUUCAAGCCAUGUCUACAGGCCUACUUGGAAAGGGGGACGGUAUGGCUCAGACACAAUUACCUGCUCUGCUGUAGAAGUUCAAAUAUUGAGCUUACUGGAGUACAUUAAACACCAACAAGACCAAUUAACCACCAAAGUAAACUAUCUGACCAACAAGCUGAACUCAACUGUCCAAGAAAGAGAAAUACCUGACCCUGUACAGUUUCCACUACAAUCAAUGGAGGAAGUGGAGAAUUUUGAGAAAUGGCUCAAAGAUCCUGCUAACUCUCACCUGAAGCAGAGUGUGAUUUCUUCACUGGCAGCCAUCGGGGGGCUGAUGCAAGAAGUAUCACAUGGAACAUUCUUUCCCGCAUGUUCCACAGUGACAUUGGACAGAAGAUAAAUUGGACAGGGGACAAUGGAAAGGGAGGUUUCUCCCAGAUGGCAUCAAAAACAGUACUCUUGGAUGCAGUAAGAAAGACCCACGUGUCCCGUGCUGCCACAGAAGAGGAGAUUCGGAAACAUGCCAUACGAUGGUUCAAUCUGGCAGCAGACAGAGGAAGAAGGCGGCGUCCUCCUGUUACCAUCCCGAAUCAAUGCUGAGGACUUCAGUUUGUUAUUGUUACUGUUAUUGUUCCAAAAAUGGUUAUCUUUCAGUUAUUUGUCUGUUAAUGUUUUAAUGAAGUACAGUAAUGAAUCAAUGCAUCACCUGCCUAAUUAAUUUGUGAUAGUAUUUCCUUUCUUUGCCAUUUUACUUUUUCCUUUACUGCAUUUUGUUAAAGAAUAAAGAAGUGUUAAAGGAUUUAUAGUAAAUAAACAGUAUUCUUGAUACAUUUAUGAUCCCAUUAUUUUUGUAAUACUCAUAUGCUCAUCUUGUUAUUCAAAUGGAAAAUUAGGCUUUAGAUAAGGAUGCCGUAAUUGUUAAAGAUUUUUCAUUUUCCCUAAAAUCAGUCUUCAUGUCCAAAUAGAUAUUUUAGCUUUAACUGUAGCUAGCAUGGCUACAGCAAUUUUUAAUAAGGGAUCCUGAAAAUAUUCUGGCCAAAAUAAGCUGUUAUAUGAACGGAUUCAAAACGGAUCCGUGUCGGAUCAGUUUUUCCACAGACGGCUCCGUAAAGGAUCCGUUUUGGAUAAC